AUUAAAACUUAGUAUAAUAAAAAAUAAAUAAAAAUGGCAGGAUUUUGGACUUUAAAACCAGCUCAAACACAAAGUAAUAUUAAAACUUCAAAUGGACAAACAGUUUUCAGAUUUGUAGUUGAUGGUGGUGGUGAAGGUAAUGUUAGAAUUAUUAGUGAUUCUGCUCCACCUGAAAUGUGUGUAUUUCAAAAUGUUAGAGAAAUCGUUAGUGAUUUUAAAGGUGGUGAAGUAACCAUCAUGAAUUUAGGAAGUACAACCAUAACAUGUAGCACCAAUUAAAAGAUAAAAUUUCUUUUUAAAUUAAUUAUAUAAUUUAUUUUGGUUUAAUACAAACAAUAAAUAAAAAAUUAAAUAAUUAUAUGGUAU